ACGGUUGUGUUUUUGUUGAGUGCUGCUUUUGCUCGUCGACGUCGUCGUCAUCUCCUCUCGGUUUCGACUCGGCCAGUUCCGUUUCGUUUUCUCUCGCGGGGUUCAUUUACGUUUGUGCUGCUACUAUCGCUGUGUUUUAGCUAUUAUUUUGACUUGCACCAGCCACACGUGUAUGAGUAUGCUUGAGGUGGUGAGGUGUAUUGCGGAAUUUGCUUUGGAUUUCUUCUCGUAUAUUUUGAAAUAAUCUACGGGAUACGCACGAUACGAAAAAAGGAAAGGAUAUUGUGCAGUGGCAACUGUGUGAUCACUAAAGAUUUGUUAUUCUGAAAAGCAUUGUUGAGUCACAGAAAGUAACAGGAAAAACUGGCAGCUGUGAUUUUUGCAAUAUCGUGAAAUUCAGUGGAAAAGUGUCUAAAGAUCGGUUCCAAUCAAUGCUAGCAGCAAUCAGCGAGAAGUGGAGAGACUAAAAUAGGUUUCGGUGCCACUUUUGUUUACGGUUUUGGAGAACCCGGUGACGGCUUGCAACUGCUUUGUGUUGGAAUAGCGUUGUAUCGAAGCUAGCAGCAUAUAAGUAGUCCAGCGAUACGGAAUGCUGAGCUAACGUGAAGUGGUGAAAGAAAAAGAAGAUGGCACAGCUAAUCAUCGCUUCUUGAAUGUUCAUGUUCUAGUGUGAAAAAUUGUAUAAAACUGUGACAUUUUUCUGAAAAUGAUUUAUUUGAAGCAGUGAAAAAUACGCGCGCGGAGUAUUCAGGAUUCGAACGGAAGGUUUUAUUUAUGCUGCAUAUUUAAGAAUCGCCCUGCGGAAGAAAAGUAGUUCUUGUAAAUAGUAGAAGUGUAAGUGAUACGAUUUUCUGUGCUUCCCUCGCAAUUUUUGCCUAUAAAUGGAUACCCUAAAUUCACCCGCAAUAUUACCGACCGGUGGUGUGGAUUUUGCUCGGCUACUUCUGAGUAAACCGGAAGAGCAGUCAACGUCAUCGCCGCAACUUAUACCAGUUACGGUUACCUCUAGUGGUGGCAUGCCGGCCAUUCCAACAACGGUUACGUUCGUUAACAACUCCGGCUCUGUAGCACUAGCAACUGCGGCUGCUGCUGCUGCUGCCGCUGCAGCAGCUUCUUCGUCCAGUUCCGGUUCCUCGCCAGCAUCUAGUCUCGCAUUAGCUGGUUCAACUUCUGCGGCUAAUAAUGGUCCGACGAACAAAAAGUGUCCGUAUCAUCGGCAGUGCUACCGAAACCAUCAUCAUCCGCAGCAAACGCAGUCGCAGUCACAGCAAGCGGGCAGCCGCCGUAUGGCCAUCACUGUCAAUGGGAUGAACUCUGCUGCACUGUAUCCGCAACGGGAUGCCAUAUCGACUAAUGUAGCUCCGCCUCUAAACGCUGUGGUUCUCGCAGAACGUUAUCUGCUUUUGGAUGUCGUAGAAGGAAGCUCGCUCUAUCGUUGCGUUGACAUCAAAACUCAGGAGGAGCUGGUGUGCAAGAUUGCCAAUAACCCAUGCUCCAACUUGCUGACUGCUCAUUUCCGAUUGGAUGGGCAUACACAUGUAAAUUUUUUGCACAAAGUGAUACAGGGAAACAAUCAAACCUAUUUGUUUUUUGCGCCAUCGCAGGGUGAUCUCCACUCGCACGUUCGCGUUCGCAAGCGUCUGCGUGAGCCGGAAGCUCGUCGACUCUUCCGUCAGAUGUGUGAGGUUGUGAAAAUCUGCCACGAACAAGGCAUCGUAUUGCGUGAUCUCAAGCUGCGGAAGUUUGUCUUCGCUGACAAGGAAAGGACCCACCUGAAGCUAGAAUCCCUGGAGGAUGCCGUCGUAUUGGAUGACGCAGCCGAAGACCUGCUGCAAGACAAACGGGGCUGUCCCGCCUAUGUGUCGCCGGAAAUCUUAAAAGCGAAUACGACUUACUCCGGAAAGGCGGCCGACAUGUGGUCCCUCGGAGUGAUCCUCUAUACAAUGCUGGUCGGAAGAUACCCUUUCAAUGACUCGGAACACGCAUCGCUGUUUGCCAAAAUAAGUCGCGGUCAGUUCACCGUUCCGGAUUGUCUGUCUUCGAAGGCACGUUGCAUGAUCCGUGCGCUGCUGCGGCGUGAGCCGGAAGAAAGGAUCGCCUCGGAGGAUGUUCUGUUCCACCCGUGGUUGCAGCACGACGACAGUCGAACGCAGUUGACCUGCGUGAAUCGUUCGAAUCCGUCCAGCCAGACGGACGAUCAGUGCGUCCCGGAAUGGUUCGAUCCAUGCGGAGAAGAUGACGUCAGCCGAACGGGAGGUCAAGCAACCGGUGGCCAUCGCUAUGAAGAUGGAGCCGAACUGGUCUAGAUGAAGCGUUUAUUGCGAUAGCUUAGAGAAAGUUGGAUAUAACAACACACACAAACACACAGAAAGAAAUCACGCACUGGUGUUUGCGUCAAAUAUCUUUCAAUCGAAGUCGCGCUCGCACUUGUUGGUGGAAUGCAAUUAAUUUUAUAACGUUCAUUGUUUUUCGCUUAUACUUUUAGCAUAGUUGUGAGAUGGAUUAUUAGUGAUAGGAUUUUUAUUUAUUAUUUUUUACGUUUGAUGAGAGAAAAUAGCUCGCGUAAAUCCUCGCGAAUUAUUUUUAUUUGCGCAAGUGGUUUUGCGUAGUUUAAAACUGCCGCCUUUGUUUGUGGCCAUGAUCUCAACUAGUUUUCUGAAAUUAAAGAAAGGUGAGGUUUUGCCCACUCAUAUUUUUUUCCCUUUAAAAUGUAACAUUCUGUAACUCGAAGAAUUACCAACCGUUUAAACAAAUCAAUGUAUUUUUUGUUGAAAGGAUCUAAAGGGAUUCGUUUUAAUAUUAUCGAUGCAAUUCAGAUGAUGAUAGAAAAGAUAAAUUUCAAGCAUCCUAUUUUUCUUAUGAACUUUGAAUAUUCUAAGUGCAAUUUUCCGUCAAUCUUGUUUUACUCUUUUCCUAUGACAAUCUGUAAAACUUUUCCAUCUGUAAAAUCUCAUGUUUGCGCUUCUCUUGUUAACCUGGCAUAAUAAAUUGAGUUAUGAAUUUUAAUUAAGUAAUUAUUUAUUAAUUCUAAACAAAUCUGUUACAAAGUUCAACAGAAAUAGACUGAAAUAAAAAUGUGUUUAGUUUUAGAUUUAAGCGAGAACUGUUGCGUUAAAACGAGAAAAAUAAACAAUGCUUUUGGAUAGCAAGUGGCUUACUGAUACGACAACAGAAGCUUCCAUAUUUUUCUGCCGUCUGCAUUUCUUUUGAUCAACCUUACCUAAUACGUGAUAAUUUGAACAAUUGAUACUGAUUGAAACUCCUAAUUCGCGCGGAAUUAAAAAAGAAAUUAAAUAAUAUCGUUUCAGUCACUAUCAAUGCAUUCACUGAACAUCAAUUAGUAGUAUCCAACCCAAUUUUUUUUUUGUUUUGAUUUGUUGUUCAAUAAAAAUCAACGACUAAAAAGUUCAUAAAUCAAAUACAUGCGGAUAAUUGCUUUUUUCAAUGGUUCAGUAUUUCUUGAAAAGCGUAAGAGAUAAAUGAUGUCAAAUGGUCAUCCCUAUAAAUUUUGUGAUUAAGUACUAAGUGAUAGGUGACUAGUGAUCAACUAGCCAUAAAUAAUUUCCAUAAUUGGUUGAGCACAAAAAAUGGACGGAAGAAAACUAAACUAGAACGUUCUAUUGCGUGAGAUGUAUAUAGUUGACCAUGAGUAAUCGGAACGCCCGUGACUUCUAAUUUAAAAAAAAUUAUUGUGAUUUUAAAAGGAUAUUUUUUUAAAGUUGUAUAUUUUCUAUAACUAGUUUAUUCCUAUUACAGCGUUGGAGCGAAAUAGAGAGAGGGUGAGAAAAGCAGCAGCCAAUAAAAUCUUCCGUUUAGAAUCCUGAAUUCUUCCUAUUAUUUGAUAUGUGUUUAGAUAGAUAAGUAGAAGUAUAGUUUUAACAAAUAACGUAAUAUUUUUACAUGAAUAAUCCGAUAGAUGUGUUUGAUGAAAGAGAAGAAGCAGAAGGGGAAUGAUUGAGACCAAUAGAUAGAGUCAGAUAAUACACAAAUUAAAUUAAUUCAAUAGAUAAAUGUGCGAAAAAGGUGAAAAUAUAAAAAAUAUAACUCGU